AUCCAGGUGUUACAGUCAUAUGCUGUGUAACAAUAUUUGGCAUGCAAUGUUUGUCCCAUAAGGUUAGUGCUAUAUAGCCUAGGUGUGUAGUCGGUUGUACUGUCUAGGUUUGUGUAAGUACAUUCUGAUGUUCACAACGAUGAAAUUGGAAAAGGACACAUUUCUUGGAACAUAGCCCUGUCGUUAAGAGACGCGUGACUGUACGUAUUCUUUUUUCCCAAUCCUAGAGUAUCUGAAAUGGGUACUAGUUCCAUAUUCUAGAAUAGUAAACAGGCACAGAACUUAAUUUCCCAAAGGUCAUUGUUUGAUGCAAAGCUAGUUUGAAUUUGUGUAGUCAGCUCUUAAGUAAUCCAUGCGUAUGUGUGGAAACCACAGCACUAGAAAUUGAAAGAUUGGGAACUGAAACUGUCCGAGAGGUCUCAUCCGUUCUUUUCUCUGGUUCCUACUGUACUGUGCACACAGCCAUGUGCUUACUUGGUGAAGGGCAGUCGUGCAGUGAUCCUAAUACAGUCUGGAUUAUCUAAGCUGUAAGAGGUUAAUGGCUCGCUCUUGUCUUGAGCCGCAAGACGGAUGUUAGAUUUGUGCUCAUGUGUGAGCCUCGAAUUUAUUUUCACUAUCUUAUAGGUACUGGGUACACACUGUGAUGGAUGAUUUCUGUAUUUAAAAAGAAGAUAGUGUACCUAGGGGUGUAUAGGAAAUGUUAAAAAGCACCCAACACACUGCAAUAAGGGAAAUACGGUGCUAUGAGAAUAACGGGGCUACCAAGUAGCAUGGUUAUUUGAUAGACACUAAAGAAUUCAGUUCAGCUAAUACCGGCAGGUUGAGGAAGACUACCUAAGAUUAAGCUCAUAACCAAGUACUGUGGGAGGUGGUGGGAUUGCUAGGUGUGGAUGGGGGAAAGGUGAGGGAGCCGGCAGGUUGGGGCUCUGCGCCUGCGCCCUGGAAAGCGCGGCGAGCCGGCGCUCUGCGGCUCCGUGCGCCUGCGCGCCCUCCUCCCGCCUUUUUCCACAUUGCCUGUGUUGUGGGGCUCCGCGAAGCGACGCCCGGAAAGCUCAUACUUAUUGUGCCUGGGAAGGCUUGUGAGAAUGCUGAGGCCCGAGAUCUCAUCCACCUCGCCUUCCGUCCCUGCGGCUUCCUCCUCAGUGGAGGCUCCGUCACAGGGUCCCCGCUACGAUUUCAGACUCCCGGAGACUCAGAGCCGCGCUUCAGCCGCUGCCGUCUCCGCGUCCAGCCCUCCAGGCACGUCUGGGGCCGCGGGCGACCGGAGCAGCAGCAGCAGUCUCCCUCGCCGCCCGCCGAGCGCCCGGCCUGCGCAAGGUUUAUUCUUUGGAAACAAAAGAUCUUACGCAGAAAGCACAUUUGCAUCAAAUUUUACUUUUGGUACAAGCUCGUCUUCUGUACGAGAUAGUAAUUAUCCUCAAAUACCAAAAACUCCAUUGUCUGCUGGAAAUCCCCAGAGAUCAAGUUAUAAAAGCUGGACACCGCAAGUGGGAUAUUCAGCUACGUCCUCAUCUGCAGUUUCUGCGCACUCCUCAUCAGUUAUUGUAGCUGUUGUAGAAGGGAGAGGACUUGCCAGAGGUGAAAUAGGAAUGGCAAGUGUUGAUUUAAAAAGCCCACAAAUUAUAUUAUCUCAGUUUGCAGACAACACAACUUAUGCAAAGGUAAUCACUAAGCUCAAAAUUUUAUCACCUUUGGAGAUAAUAAUGUCAAAUACUGCUUGUGUUGUGGGGAAUUCAACCAAGUUGUUUAAUCUGAUCACAGAAAAUUUCAAGAAUGUUAAUUUCACUACUAUCCAAAGGAAAUACUUCAAUGAAACAAAAGGAUUAGAGUACAUUGAACAGUUAUGUACAGCAGAAUUCAGCACUGUCCUAAUGGAGGUUCAGUCCAAGUAUUACUGCCUUGCAGCUGUUGCAGCUUUAUUAAAAUAUGUUGAAUUUAUUCAAAAUUCAGUUUAUGCACCAAAAUCACUGAAGAUUUGUUUCCAGGGUAGUGAACAGACAGCCAUGAUAGAUUCAUCAUCAGCCCAAAACCUUGAAUUAAUAAUUAAUAAUCAAGACUGUAGGAAUAAUCACACACUGUUUGGUGUUCUAAAUUAUACUAAGACUCCUGGAGGAAGUAGAAGACUUCGUUCCAAUAUAUUAGAACCUUUAGUUGAUGUUGAAACCAUUAACAUGAGACUAGAUUGUGUUCAAGAACUACUUCAUGAUGAAGAACUCUUUUUUGGACUUCAGUCAGUUAUAUCAAGAUUUCUUGAUACAGAGCAGCUUCUUUCUGUUUUAAUCCAAAUUCCAAAGCAAGACACGGUUAAUGCAGCUGAAUCAAAGAUAACAAAUUUAAUAUACCUAAAACAUACCUUGGAACUUGUGGAUCCUUUAAAGAUUGCUCUGCAGAACUGUGACACACCUUUAUUAAGAGCUUACUAUGGUUCCUUGGAAGAUAAGAGGUUUGGAAUCAUACUUGAAAAGAUUAAAACAGUAAUUAAUGAUGAUGCAAGAUACAUGAAAGGAUGCCUAAACAUGAGGACUCAGAAGUGCUAUGCAGUGAGAUCUAACAUAAAUGAAUUUCUUGACAUAGCCAGAAGAACAUAUACGGAGAUUGUGGAUGACAUAGCAGGAAUGAUAUCCCAGCUUGCAGAAAAAUAUAGUCUUCCUUUAAGAACAAGUUUUAGCUCUGCUCGAGGAUUUUUCAUCCAGAUGAGUACAGAUUGUACAGCCCUACCCGAUGAUCAACUUCCUUCAGAGUUUAUUAAGAUUUCUAAAGUGAAAAAUUCUUAUAGCUUUACAUCAGCAGAUUUAAUUAAAAUGAAUGAAAGAUGCCAAGAGUCUUUGAGAGAAAUCUAUCACAUGACUUACAUGAUAGUGUGCAAACUGCUUAGUGAGAUUUAUGAACAUAUUCAUUGCUUAUAUAAACUAUCUGACGCUGUGUCAAUGCUGGAUAUGCUACUGUCAUUUGCUCAUGCCUGCACUCUUUCUGACUAUGUUCGGCCAGAAUUUACUGAUACUUUAGCAAUCAAACAGGGAUGGCAUCCCAUUCUUGAAAAAAUAUCUGUGGAAAAACCUGUUGCCAACAAUACCUAUAUUAUGGAAGGGAGUAAUUUUUUGAUCAUAACUGGACCGAAUAUGAGUGGGAAAUCCACCUAUUUAAAACAGAUUGCUCUUUGUCAGAUUAUGGCCCAGAUUGGCUCGUAUGUUCCAGCAGAAUAUUCUUCCUUUAGAAUUGCUGAACAGAUUUUUACAAGAAUCAGUACUGAUGAUGAUAUAGAAACAAAUUCAUCAACAUUUAUGAAGGAAAUGAAAGAGAUAGCAUAUAUUCUACAUAAUGCUAAUGACAAAUCACUCAUAUUAAUUGAUGAACUUGGCAGAGGUACUAAUACAGAAGAAGGUAUUGGCAUUUGUUAUGCUGUUUGUGAACAUCUGCUGAGCUUAAAGGCAUUUACACUGUUUGCUACACAUUUCCUGGAACUAUGCCAUAUAGAUGUCCUGUAUCCUAAUGUAGAAAACAUGCAUUUUGAAGUUCAACAUGUAAAGAAUACCUCAAGAAAUAAAGAAGCAAUCUUGUAUACUUACAAGCUUUCUAAAGGACUCACAGAAGAAAAAAAUUAUGGAUUAAAAGCUGCAGAGGUGUCAUCACUCCCACCAUCAAUCGUCUUAGAUGCCAAGGAAAUCACAACUCAAAUUACCAGACAAAUUUUGCAAAACCAGAGGAGUACCCCUGAGAUGGAAAGACAGAGAGCUGUGUACCAUCUUGCUACUAGGCUUGUUCAAACUGCUCGAAACUCUCGAUUGGAUCCAGACAGUUUACGAACAUAUUUAAGUAAUCUCAAAAAGAAGUAUGAAGCAGAUUUUCCCGAGGGUGAACAAAUUUCAGGAAAGACUGAAGAGUAAUAACAAUUCAUAUGUUAUACUAAUGAAAUAAUAUAUCUUAAUAUGAGGAAGCUAGAAUUCAUUUUUCCCAAGGGCAAAAGAAAAUAUUUGCUAAAUUUUAUAUUUUAAUUGAAAAUUACAUUAUAUUAACCUCAGAAUUCUCAUCUAUAUACUCUGUAUAAGAAGGUAUUUGUUAUUAUAACUUAACAAAUAAGAACUAUGUAAAGGACUGAUUUUUAUGUUAGAAAAAAGUCAGUCU